AUGGAGGUGCAGGCCGGCGACCGACAGGUGUAUGCCAUCGACCUACUGGGGUAUGGUUACAGCGACAAGCCCAACCCGCGCCUGGCCGGCCCCCCAUCCAGCCUAUACAACUUCGACACCUGGUCAGACCAGCUCCUGGACUUCACUCGUGCCGUCAUCGGCCGCAGCGCCGUCCUUUCCUGCAACUCGGUGGGGGGCCUGGCCGGCCUGCAGGCAGCGGUGAAGGACCCCGCCAUUGUGCGGGCGGUGCAGGUGAUCAACAUCUCCCUGCGCGCGCUGCACCUCUCCAAGCAGGCGGCCUGGAAACGGCCUGCCGUCAGCACGCUGCAGCGCGCGUUGCGCACGACGGGGGCGGGCCCCUGGCUCUUCAAGCGCCUGGCCACGCGGGACGGGGUGCGCAGGGUCCUGCAGACCUGCUACGGUGACCCAAAGACCGUGACGGACGAGCUGGUGGACUACAUCCUCAAGCCGGGGCUGGAGCCGGGGGCGGUGGAGGUGUUCCUCGACUUCAUCUCCUACAGCUCUGGCCCACUGCCGGAGGACCUGCUGCAGGCCUGCAAGGUCCCAGUGAGCAUACUGUGGGGAGAGGCUGAUCCCUGGGAGCCUGUCAAGCUUGGCAGAACGCUGGCGCUGUAUCCGUCCGUGGAGGAGUGGGCUUCCCUGCCAGGCAAGCAGGGUGUGGGACAUUGCCCUCAGGACGAGGCACCCGACCAGGUGAACCCCUUUGUGACGGAGUUCAUGAGGCGGCAUGGCGGGGACGACUUUGAUGAGGUCAGCAACUGGUCGGAGGGCAGCCACCGAUCCAGCGAUCUGGACACCAUACAGGACCUCAUGCGCCGGUUCACCCUGGAUUAUCAGCCAGACUACACGCUGAAGCUGCGAAACAGAUUCUCUGGAUUGGUCUUGGGUGCCGAUUUCACUCAUUCUCCGGUGACAAACACGCAAGCAAGCGCGCUCGUGGUCAAGCCUGUGAGUCCUGGUGCGCCAUGGCGUCGCCUGAGGCUCGACUCCGAAGGCACGGUGACCCUUCGAUCCCGCAAACUCCAGUGGUGGCUCCUGACCCUGGACCUGGAGGGCCAUGCCAACCCCCUGCGCAGGACCAGCAACCUGUCCUUCAGGGUGGCAACAAAGUGGGACAUGUACCGGGGACAGAUCCGGAACAAGAAGAGGGUGGCUCUGGGCAGUGGCUCCGAGGCACGAGUGCACUACACCGUGAACUACAACCUGCCCGAGAUCGAGGGGAACUUCAAGACGGCCGGGCGGGACCUGGCCCAGAACGUCACCGCUGACGUCGGGCAUCCGGCGCCGCCGCCGCCAGCGGCACCCGGAAGGCAGGCGGCCGGGCCGCCGCUGGCGGGCGCAGGCCUGCCGGCCUCCCCCCAGGAGGCCUGGGCCGCGGUGACGCGCCGGGCGAGGGCGGUGCACGGCCGGCUCACGCGCUGGGCGCAUGCUGGGGCCAGCGCCGUCGCCAGGGCCACCUCGCCCCAGCCCUCCGCCUCUGGUGACUGA